CCCAGAGUAGCCGGAGGGCUCACUCCACGCUGUGCCCACUGGGCAGGACUGUAGAGGCUGAGCACCUGGUGGACAAGAGACAGAGUCCUGGUCAGGGCAAGGAACCAUGUUGCGCCGAAAGCCCUCCAACGCCAGUGAGAAGGAGCCCACCCAGAAGAAGAAGCUCUCCCUACAACGAUCCAGCAGCUUCAAGGACUUUGCCAAGUCGAAGCCCAGCUCUCCUGUAGUGAGCGAGAAGGAAUUUAACCUAGAGGACAAUAUCCCUGAGGAUGACACAGGAAGCCCCACCACAGAGGAUGCUGGGAGGAGCGCAAAGAAGCUGGGGAAGAAAUGGAGAGCAGUCAUUUCCCGCACCAUGAACCGGAAGAUGGGCAAGACGAUGGUGAAGGCCCUGUCGGAGGGGAUGGGAGAUACUCUGGAGGAAGGCUCAGCCUCCCCAACCUCACCAGACUGCCUCCUGGAGGGCCUGGCUUCAGAGAAUAUGCCCUUGGCCUUUACUGAGCAGGAUGAUAAUGGCCACCCAGCCCUCAGCCGCCAAACGUCCACUAGCAGCGAGCUGGGCAGCCCAGGCCCUGGCACCGUGGGCUGCGGGCAGACCAGCCUGAGGGUGGAGGAGCUGAUGGCCCCGAUGUACACAGGCCCCUUCUGUGGCAGGGCCCGGGUCCACACCGACUUCACUCCCAGCCCCUACGACAGGGACUCGCUGAAACUCCAGAAGGGGGAUAUGAUCCAGAUUGUGGAGAAGCCACCCGUGGGCACAUGGCUUGGGCUGCUUAAUGGCAGACUGGGCUCCUUCAAGUUCAUCUACGUGGACGUGCUGCCUGAGGAGGCCACGGGGCCUGCCCGGAGAGGCCGCCAACGACCGAGCAAGGGCAAGAGGCCAAAACCCAAGACCCUGCACGAGUUGCUGGAACGCAUAGGCCUGGAGGAACACGCAUCCACCUUGUUACUCAAUGGCUACCAGACCCUGGAAGACUUCAAAGAGCUUCGGGAAACCCAUCUCAAUGAGCUGAAUAUUGUGGAUCCCCAGCACCGGGCCAAGCUGCUCACAGCCGCAGAGCUCCUGUUAGAUUAUGACACCGGCAGCGAGGCGGAAGAAGGCCCCCAGACGAGCCUGGAGCCGACGCCCGAGCACACCUUGGACUCCAAGGCCGACAUUCCCCGAGACUCGGGCUGCUUCGAGGGCUCCGAAAGUGGGCGGGACGAAGGCGAGCUGGCGGCCGCGGAGGAGCAACUGCACGCCCUGUCUCUGGAGGCGGGGGCGGGGCGGGGCGGGGCCGGAGCCCUAAGGGCCCGCCCCGGGGCCCCGCCCAUGCCAGCAGGGGCUGCGGGCUCCCUCCGCGCCUGCGCGGCCCCGAGCUCCCGCUCCGGGACCAGCUCCCGGCACUCUCUGCAAAAGGGACUCAGCCCUUCGUUGUCCCGGCCCCUCGGAAGGAUGAACAAGACUGGCGCAGCUCACGGCCCCGACCGGCCCCCGGGCUGGCCGGCGGCUGACGGCACAAGCCCGCUCUGCGGGGACGGGCCUCCCUGUCCCAUCCCCCCCAUCCCCAUCCUGCCCUCCUUGGGCGCGGUGCCUUAGGGGAGCCCGGACUGGGUUGGGGUCGGGCCGAUAUGCCAAGUCCAGAUCCGCCACCGGCUCGCUGGCACCAGGGCAAAGCUUCCUCUGCUCUCUCCUGUCAAAAGAAGGGCUUGGAUCGGGUGGUGCCCACACUCUCUUCCUGCCCGAAAACCCACCCUAAUUUAUCCUCGGUCCCUGUAAGUGCGGUUUGGGGCUGUCUGGCUUGCCGAAAGGGCCCACCCAGAUUUCUUGUGCCUCCAUCCUUUUCUGCUCUCUUGGCCACCCCCGACGGCCGAGAGGCAUGUGUGUGAGAGGGAGCACGCACCCAAAAGGACCCUCUGUUCCCUCUUUUCUUUUUUUCCUUGCAAGGCAGGAUGCUUUAACCUCCCCAUCUGCAGGGGUUUAGGAAUUUGCUCUCCCUUCCUUUCUUUGCCCUAAAAUAAGAUCAAGCCUUCAGGGAUUCCCCCCUCCUCUCCGACCUGGGGGAGAGGACCGGGUGACUCAGAAUAGAGAUAUCUCCUGGCUUCUGGGGUCUCAUUAACCAGAGCAGACCUAGAGGCGAAAGAUUCAGGGAGCCACAUAGGACACUCCAAGCAAAUGGGGCAUUGAACUCAAAGUUCUAACGUUUGUGUGUGUGUGUGUGUGUGUGUGUAUGGGGGAGGGGGGGUCCAUCCUGGUUCAGAUCUGAAAAAGCUUCCCCAGAGGGAGCACUUCUCAGUGAAGACCCCGGACCUCCACCACUCCACACAGUGCAAAUAGAAGCUUUCCGAAGAGCCAUUGCCCAGCACCAGACUCUGCCUGCGUUUCCACAGUGGCGAGAACCACCAGAACUUGGCCUCCUUGGACCCACCCCUCAACCUAAUCCUAGGGAUUUUAGUGAAAGCUGGCUUGGGGAGGGGGGAGGAGCAGGGCAUGUUUAGAUUGCAAUAAAACA